UUUUUUUUUUUUUUUUUUUUUUUAAUAUAUUUUAGUAGACAAUUAAAAUGACUCACGAUCAUCAUGAUCAUUCCAAUUGUACUCAUGAUCACGGCUCACAUGGUGAUCCUAAUGCAUUAAAGGCAGUUGAUGAAAUUAAUAGUCGACAACAAGCUGCAGAUAGACUUGCUAAAUUUUUAAUUGAAUUGCAAGAAUUAGCGAAAGAGUAUAAGAAAUCGACUCAAGUAAAAACUAUACCAGCUGUUGCCAAGACAGAUGUUGAAUUUUUAAUGAACCAAUUUUUGAUUCCUAAAAUGCAAGCUGAAUCUGUUUUGAGAGAUAACAAUAACGAUAUUUUAGCUUCUAUGAAUUUCCUAGUUAGCAAUUAAAUAGAAUAUAUAAACAUGUUAUUCAAUUUUUUUUUCUUAAAAAAAAAAGAAAAUUUUUUUUACGUUUAUUAUGUAUGUAUGUUAU